UUGGAAUUGAAAAACAAUUCAUUGUCAACAAAAAGGUUGAAAGAACUACGUCUGUCUUUUGAGGAGUGGAAUGAGGAAUGGUAGUUGAAAUUAAUCAGCAUUAUUGAAAACAAAAAAUAUUAUUUACUUUGGAUCAAUAUAAUCUCUGAUCUUUUACCGGGAUUUCAAAGAAAACGGUUUUAGACGAUAGUUUACUAAAAAAAUCGAAAACCUAAGGAAAAAAUUAUGUCUAAUGAGCCAUGGAAUACUCAGCUCCAAAAACUCAAAAUCCGGCUGAAAACUUGGGAACAUGAGUUUUCGCAUAAUCAGAAUCGGAAGCCGACGAAACAAGAUGUGAAAUCAAAUCCCUCUAUUUCUCUACUCUACAAGGAAUACUAUAAUUUAAAACAAAAGGUUGCCGGAGAACCUGACGAAAAAUCUAGUCCAAGGAAGAAAAAUGAGAACGUGGAACAGCCAGAAUUUCGAACACCAACAAAAGUCCGAAAAGUUGAAAAACGUUCGUUCGAGCAAGGAACUCCGACAUCGAAACCAUUGCAGGUGACACCAAAGAGCGCUGACAAAAGCUUGCUAGGGCCUACACCGCAGCUUUCGCGAAGGGUGAUUAAUAUCUUUGAAGAUAUAUCCCCAGACCCAUCACCGAAUGCGAAAAUUUCCCAGACAGCAGAUAGUUCUAUGGUAAGCAUUGCUGAAACUUCCUUACAGUCCAUGACACCUACGACACCAUCAAAGCUUAUUCGUCCGUCUAUAGAUUUAUCAUCACCUUCUUCUGCCAUCUUUGAUACGCCUUCCACAUAUCGGACAGAGGUCCCGUCUUCUCCAAACUUUUUGCGAGUAUCUUCGAGAUGUCGGAAAAGUCUGAGUGAAAUGAUUAAUGAAUUAAAAGAAAUCGAAGACGAUUACGGAAACGAUGAAGAGAGAAUCCUAGCGGAGGUUGAGGAAAAUGAGAGUUCAUCAUCCUCAGAACCAGAAGAAAAUAAUGCACAGAGCUCGCUGAAGCCAUUCAAGCGACGAAUUAAGAGACAAACUCGACUAGUCAAACUGCCUCCUUCAGUCAGUACCGAAAAGAGUCAUCUGGAUAGCAUGCCAGAGAUUGACGAGGAGGAAGAAGCCACAGUGAAUGCACCAGUAGAAGAAGAAGAAGAAAUCCCUACGCAGUCGGCUAGAGGAUCUGCAAAUAAGGAAAUGAACUCUGACGAGUCGAAACGGCGUCUAAAAAAUGGACUUUUGCUUGGUAAGCAAGUGAGUGAAAACUUUUCUUCAUACAAACUCAAUCGAGGAAAAGGGAAAGGUUUCCGUUCUCGUAGGUGAGAGUAAGGCACUUUUGAAGGGUCUAUGGUUAUGUGAGAUUCCUCUCAGGCUUCGAAACGGACGUAAUUUUUAAUUGAUUGUAUACUAAGGAUCAUAAUGCUUGAAGACGCUCUUUCUUAGAAGCUCAGGACCAAAAUAAAAUUAUGCUUUUACAACAUUACGAUGUUUCAAAUCCAAAUAGAUUUGUUACGAGGCUAAACAUCAUGUACAUUUUAAGAGUUAUAACAUUGUUUAACGACAAUACAAUACAUUUGGCUAUACCAAAC